AGUAAAGCAAAACAGUUUGAAUGCGUUGAAGAACAGGGGUGUACUGAAAUACACAUGUAACAAGAAGUUCAAAGACUGAAUCACGGAAGGAAAAACUGAAAAGCAAGCGAGAACAGACCCCUGUCGCCUAUUUGAAGACAUCGCUUGAACCGAGCAGCUGCGUAGUCAUUUGAUGCUGGACAAAUAUCAAUAGUUGGUUAACCAACUACCUUUAACUGUUCACUAGUCUUUAGCCUAUUAUCCUUACCGGCUCGCCAUGCUUUUGCAUCAGUUCAUGAACGGAGGCCUGGAAGUGAUGCAUUCUACAGCAAUUCAAAAAGACACUACUUUUACAAAAAUUUUCGUUGGUGGUUUGCCCUACCACACUAACGAUGCUUCCUUGAGAAAGUAUUUUGAGGCCUUCGGAGAUAUCGACGAGGCGGUGGUGAUAACGGACAGACAGACGGGGAAAUCCAGAGGAUAUGGCUUUGUAAGUAACAUUCUGACACUUGUCGGUCAUGCAAUUAGCCUACAGCUUGCAGUGCGCCUUACCAAUAAAUACAUUUGAGAAGAAUUCUCAAUAGGCAGCCCUGGAAAUUGAGUUGCCUAUAAAAUGUUAAUGGUUGGUAUAGCCUACUUUUGUUUUCAAUGCUGUUGUCUCUGGGCACAUGCACGCCACGUUUCCUUCCACCACCAAGUUAUUGUUCCAUGUAACUGAUUUACUUGCAUAGAGGUAAACAAGUAUACGUGAUGCUGCGCCAAAUGUCUGUUUAAUUACAAAUAUUACAUGCAGAAUAAAAUGCUUUCGCCAAAGUUGCACCUUGCGUAUUGCGGUCAUUCAAACGCAUGCCAAAGUUAAUCCUUGUCUAUAAUGUGCUUCUUAAACGCACAAAUGCAGAGUAUCAUUUUUUUGCCUUGCUGAUUAACUGUAUCACAGCUUUAAUCAGGAUGAGGGAUCACAUGAGUUGACGGAUAAGAUUAUAGCUCCACAUGUCUAAUGUGCCUUCAUCGCUUAUGAGCGCGGCAAAGGCACGCACGGAAGUGCGAGCUGUCCUCUUUUGCUUUAUAUGGUAAUUUUGGCGCCGAGGGACGCUCCAAGACCCUCCUCCCAUUGUAAAGAGCCGAAGCACUCAGGCCUUACAAGUGGUGUUUAUAGAAUCAUAACUGCUGUGAAAGUGGGAGUCAUUAUUUUGUAUCCCAAGAUGGACUGCUGCUCACUACAUGAGAGUACAGAUUGCGAACCAUGACUGACUCAGAACCACCCCACCCCACAAAACACCUCCCCUUGUCAGAGAUUGAAGUUUGGUGCACUUCCCCCUCCUGUGUGUCAGCUUUCCCAAUCACCACAGAGGGGUUUUAUCACCAUAGAUGGUUCUAGUAACUUUUUUAUAAAUCUUCAGCUCCUCAUUGUAUACAGCUCAUUCAGAUUGUCUGCCAGAGUUCUUAAUGACCCUCUGGUAAUCAGCCUUUGCAAGCAGGAAAUAUUAACAAAGUAUGUAUGAUGCAGAUAAACAUAAACCCACCUUCUCAUAGUUACAAAGAGCAGGAACAGCAGAAGAAAUGCAAAUAUUUACUACAAACUUGGAGAGGCGCAUCAGCAUUUUAAGAGGCCAAAGAUGGAAUGGAAAACGGGUGCCUCGAAUAGAGGCUGUGUGUUUACUCCUCAUCCAGUUUAAAACUGUAAGACAAUGGCACUCUGUGUUUACACAUCAGCGUUGACAAAAAAAAAACAGUAGAGCUCAGUCAUAAACGGUUACUGCUGCUGAGUGUGUCUAGUGUUUCAGGUCUGACUGGCUCAGGCAUAUGAGGGUGCUCCAGGCUGGGAAAGAGGUGUUCGCCACCUUGCGUGCAGCGGAUGGCAAAAAACACCCAGCAGCGUUUUCCCAGUAACUAACUGACAGGGCCAACUCGAUAAUCCUGUUGUUCACCGCUUCAGUAGUAGGAGGAGAAAAAUGUCUCCAAAGCCAGGCUUACCUUUAAACACACUCCAAAGGUGGAUUAGUAGACCCCCUUCAAUAGAGUUCCAGUGUCAACACAGCCUCGAUGCUCAUUUGUGUUCACAACACAUGCCCUGUAGUGGGCUUAGAACAUCUCCUCUAGUCUAAAGAGGUACGCUUCCCUCAACAGGCUAGAAUAGAUCUACAACUCAGAUAAACCCAAAUAUGUAGUCAUGUGAGAUCUUGAAUUGGCAGAAGAACAAAACAAUCAAAGCAGACUGUGAUGCUGUCUAAUGCCUUGGAAGGAGGGGGAGGGAGGGGUAGAUUCUAACAAUCUCCUUAUUCUCUAUUGCCUAAUUGGAUAAGCCCUUGUUAUUCAUUACUGAUCCAUAUUUCAGCAGACCUCUCUGACUGAGCUGCUGACAAGCUGCUGGGCAGUUGACCAAGUGUUCUGGUGAUAAUCACUGUGCUUUGUGUGCAGUUUCCUCCUCUGUUCAGAAAGGGGAAUUUAAACGGUGGAAGCUGGACAGGGAGAUUUGUGAUGACAGACCAGUAGGGUUUGUUUUCUUUUGUUCUGCUUGGAGGGUUGGGGUGGCCCUAACCUUGAAAUACUUUUUCAUAGCUUGGCUGCCAUAUAUGGUGAUGAGUAGACUUCUACUUUCUAUUUUAUUACUAGUGAAAAUGGGGGAACUGGUCUUUUUUUAGUAUUGCUAAUAUUGUCAACGUCUGUGUGAUUACGUGUCAGGUGACGAUGCUAGAUCAGGGAGCAGCAGAGAGGGCCUGUAAAGACCCCAACCCUAUCAUCGACGGACGCAAGGCCAACGUAAACCUGGCUUACAUAGGCGCCAAGCCCCGCAGUAUGCAGAUAGGUGAGCCGACCAGGGGUGAGUACAACCGCCGGACGCACCAACACUACACUUGUCACACACCAUAUCAGCAUGUUUUAGACAUAUUUGUUGGUAAAUGGUCAUUCAGAAAUCACAUAUGCUACUCAUGCCACAUCGGACAGAAAUGUACAAACAUUUAAAUACAUCUGGAUUAACAUUCUUACUCUUUAUAUAUUAGGGGACUGGGUAAUUGUGAGGGGAAAAAACUAACACCGACGUAAUUUGCCAUCUGCAUGUGUUCAAUAUUAUUAGUAUGUUGCUUGAGUUACUCUACAUGUUUCAGUGAACUUUGCUCAGUCUCUCUGCCUCUCCUAUGCAUUGCAAAUGUCUGACGGGUCAUUUUCUCGAUCUUCCAGGCAUAUCCAUUGGAGUGCAGCCUAUUCACCCAGCGCUCAUGCAGAGGCAGUAUGGGUAAGUGAAUGGGAGUUAGCACUCCUUCUUUGUGACCUCUAUAUAGCACAGUACUGCAUCUUCUGAAUUACACAUCUACUACUGCUCUGCCAAAUAAAGGUAUCUUGUUGAACCCAGGCCAGUCUGUGACGGGUGUCCAGGACGCUCACUCCGCUGGGCAUUUAAUGGCCAUGUCACUGAAAUGGGAUAGACACAACUGCCCCCCCCCCCCCCCCCCCCCCCCCCGUGUGUUGCCACCCCUCCCUCCUCCAAAGUCCUAGCUUUGAUUUAAUUACUGUAAGCCAGAGGUCCAAGCCCUUACAUGCAUGUAAUAAUAUAAUAUCAUGUCCAUGGACUUUGGGUCCUUAGAGUCCCCGUCCCCGUCCAUGUGCUUGUUGCUUAGUAACGGGCAGGGUGGAGCCCCCCAGGGGAGCGUGCUCUGUGGGCAUGUCUAACAGGUGUUGGCUCUUAUUACAGUCGUUUACACCCCUAAUCCCCUGUGACUGACUGCAGCCCCAGCAAGAGGGCGAGAGCACAGAUCUCUAUGGGCCGGUGACAGACACAGGCUGCUCUAAGAUGGAGAGCACACAAGUGUUCUUUCAGCCUUUCUUCCGCUCAGACCCUUAAACAGCAUGUGGUGGGAUGGUUGGGAGGGAUUGAGCAUUUGUGUAGACCAGACUGGACUGUAGCAUAGUGCUCCUCUUCCUCUCCUAGUCAGCAGAUUGACUGGGGAGCUGGCAGGGUUGGGGCUCGCACACAUCACACUGAAUGUGAAUGUUCGUCUGUUGAUCGUUCAGCGCGCAGUGUUUUAGGGACCACCCGCUGUAGAUGCCUGACUGCUACAUGUAAAAUUGGUGCACACUCGGUUUGCAAAUUACGUUCAGAGGUACUAAGUACAGCAAACGCUGUUGGUGUCUGAGCCCUUAGCGAGGCCAGGGACUACUUCUCUCCUUCACUUUCCCAUAGUCUACUUCCCUCUUGUCCUCCCCUCUCACUCUUGCCUGUGGAGGAAAAGGAAACUGGGCUCUGUCUUGUCUGAACACCGUUUCUGCUGGGUGUCGGAACGACACUGAAUUUACACAACUGUGAGACUGUGGGAGGGAAUAGGGUGUGUAGAUUGGAGUGAGGGGUUUAAUGUUUGUGGGGGGGCGGGGCAAUGUUCCCUCUUAUAGAUCCCUUUAGCUUGACUUGAUGAAGCCCUUUGAUUUGUUCACCAUGACUUAAACGUAAUGGCUAGAGGAAGUCAGUCUGUCUGCUUGGUUCGUCAGUCCUUCUGCUCUGCCAGCCCCACCUCCCUGUCAUCCGUCGAGUGGCAUGUGUCACACCCGCUGGCCGUCAGCAAAAAAAAAAGACAGCUGACCUCUGAUCCCUCUUGUCACCCAGACCCCCACAGGCCCUGUGAUGUCAGACGGUUCGGUUAGAGCUCACUGCUCUGUUCUGCUUCCCUGUUUCCUCUCCUCCGCUCUCUUCUCUCUGCACGCACUUCUCAUCCUCUUUUAGUCGUUUUUGUUAACUUUUCUAUCAAGAUUGCAGCAUUGACCCAUAUUUUGUUGUACUUCCUAAUAAUGUGCCUCAGAAAGUUCAUCCAGAGGUCAGAGCUAGAGGCCUGUGGCCACACUAUUACAAGGCCACAGAAAGGAGAGGCUCAUCUGUGUGUGAAUGUGCAUAUGCCUGACUGUCUUGCAUGGUCAUCUGUCAGUGCCUGUCUGUGGGGGUGUCUGAAUGGUUCUUUGUGAGGAGCUGACCGUUAGAGGGGUGGACAAUGUGCUCCCUCUGCCACGGGCUCCUGAUUCCGAUUACCUCCUUCUAUAGCGAUCAUGUACUUUCUUAUUGUUAGUGUAUAGCACUCAGCAGGCUACAGUGUCCUAACUAUUCAAUGCCUACCUACACAGAUAAAUACUUGCUAUGUGAGUGAACCCAGGCAACAGUGGUGUAGACUGCUGUAUCAUAUCAACAUAAUGUCUUUGACGUUGCGAAAAAGCUUAGCCACUAGCUUCACUUUCACCAUAUGACGGAGCCAUCUCGUGCUGCGUCGCUACAAUAGUAUUAAUGAGGAAUCUGAUGAUGAAUGCAUGUUAUUGUUAACCCCCACUAUCCUCCCCAACCCCAUCAUGGUUGCUCUGUGCUCCCAGCUGAACAGUAUGCCGGAGGGGGGAGAGAAGAUACCCGAGGUGCAGGCUUCGUGCUGCCUUGUUUGGAGGCUCCCAGGAGGAGGGUAGCAGGCAGCUGUGACUGCUCCCGCCCCUCUCUAAGGUGCCAGCAAUGGCUUGAAAGUGCAGCGAUGGAUUGGCGUGCCAGGUUAUGCUGAUUAGAGUGCCUCUCUUUCCUAUUAUGGCAUGGUUUGGGGUUUGCAGUGGGGACUUCUGUUGCUGUUCCAGUGUGGGGCUGAAGGGUUUGGGGGUGUGGUGUGUUAGGCAGGUUGCAAUUGGAUUUUGUGCGUCGGACUUGUCACCCCUUACCCCUGCACGCUCCCUUUUUGCAGUGUUUGAGUUGACAGCUCUCCAAUAGUCUUCCAUCGCUUCAUUUCCUUGUCUUCUGUCAUGGCCAUUGAUCUGAAUGGAAACUGGUAAACACAAUAUGGUGGUAACCUAUCUGGUCCUUUGCCCCAUCAGUGGCCGUGAAGUUGGAGACAAGGAAAGGAAGCCAUCAGCGUAUUGAGACCGAGCUGAGAAGUGUUGAGUUGUGUGCUGUGGCUUCACGGUCUUGACGUUCAUUCACCGUGAACAUACUGCCUUUUCCUACCAGACACUCCGUGUGAGAGGGUUGAAGAAAGGUUCCUCCUCUCUCACUCAGUUUUUGGUUCAUGUGUGCUGUUUGCAGUGAGUGGAGGUUUUCUGUUUCCCUCCAGCUGCAGUAUUAAGGAUGGGGGGGGGUCUCAAAAACGGCACCAGUUUUGCAGGGGGGUCCCUAGCUCUUCCUCUGCCAUCAUCAGACUGGGGAGAAUGAGCUGUCCCAGACUCCAUAACACUAAUCACUAGUACGAGAGAGCUUUGAGCACAGCACAUCAGACCCAACUGGCUAACAGCCUGCCUUGAUAAGCCCUGACUCCCCACCUCUCAAGCGCUGAUAUCCAAUGUAACUUGCGCACAAAACAGGAACCACAACUCGGCUACUGCCAUCACACUUCCCGUGUGUACUCGGCGAGUGAAGAGUAGCAGCUGUUAAAACACUGUGGUGUCUGGGCUUGAAAACCUGCCAGUAACGGCUGUCUCUCGCCCACCACCACACACCCCCUCCCUUUCUCUCUGGGGGGCCCUACCUAACAGGUUCUGUAGGUUUUCAACUGACGAGAGAUGUUGAUCUCUUCUCCUUACCUCGCUCUUUGUCACAUUUAGUGGGUGGCGUGGCAUCUGGCUAGUUUCUUGCCCACCACUACUGUGGAUACACAACACAUACACAGCACAACUCUAGUGUAUAUUCAAGACCUGCUAACCCUACUGGAGAACGUAAAUGACAGAAUCCAGGCCUUGGUUUUCUUUGCUCCUGUUCAUCAUUGUAUUUUCCAGUAUGUAACUUGUGUCCUGUUGUCUGUGUUCUCCAGGUUGGCCCAGCAGUAUGUGUACCCCCAGGCCUACCUUCAGCCCAGCCUGGUGCUCCCCUCUCAGGUGUCCUCCUCCGUCAGCUCCCCCUACCUGGACUACAGUGCCGCUUACGCCCAGUACGCGCAGGCCGCCUUCGAGCAGUACCCCUAUGCCGCCUCCCCAGGGUUCCUGGGCUACGGCUACGCCCCCAGUCCUGCCGCCGCCCCCUCCCAGGCCUCCGCCAGUGUUCACCAGACCCUCCCCACAGGGGCAGGCCCAGCGCCCGCCUUCCUGCAGUACGCCCCCCAGCAGCACGUCCAGCCAGACCGCAUGCAGUGAGGAGAGGCAGGAUGCAAGUAGUCCUAUAGGCCUGGGGUGUCACCCUGGGCUGCCCAUGCCACAGCCAGGGCUUUCAGGGAAUGGGCUGAGAGAGGGACUAUUGCACUGUAGCAUCAGGAUGAACCCCCUCCUCGUGGGUCUGGAGAGGAAGUGGGAGAGUUUUGAUGACAGGGUGGGAGGCUAGAAUAAAACACGUAGUCACUGAGGGCUUCCAGAUGCAGACACUUCAUUUUUAUUAUUACUGUCUAUCUUUUAUUGUAUCAAUGUUAGUAUCCUUUUAUUAUCAGUGUAAUUAUUAUAUAUUUUUGUUUCAAUCAACAAAAAAACCACGCUACAUACUUGUAUUUGAAGAGAGCGAAGGGUGUUCUUACCUGGACAUUGACCCCUCAUCCCCCUCCUCUUUGCCAGGGCAUGGGUUAAGUGAAGGCACUGCUGCUUGGAUACAUAGUGGUUGGGCAUUUGGUGGGAGGCACGGUGCCAACUGUUUCCAUCCACACCAGAGGUGAGGACUCUGCCCUCUUAUACACCCCCAGUGUUACUGCUCCAACACCAUGGGUGGUCAUGAUUCCCUCUGGGCCUUUCAGAGGUCAUCAAGGACUAAAUGGAGAGCAAAGAGAUUCUGGGAUCCCCUUCUCUGAGACGAUGUGAAAUCGUUAGAAGUCAGGACUACAUUUUUAAAUAUUUUUUUAUUAAAGAGGCCUUAAUAAAACUCCUGUUUUUACAAACACUUCCUUUUACCCCCUUCCUUAACUCACAUGGCCUGGGCUCUUCAUAUUUAUACCAGACACUCUUGUAGUCUAUUGACUCACUUUGUCUUGAUUAUUGGAGACAGAUGUAGAUAAUCAUAUGCAGUAAGUGGGAGGAGGGGUCAAAGAGCAUUGGGCGUUGACGUGCAAGGUAGCUGACACCAAUAACCAGUACCUGUUUGUUUUGUCUCGUAACUGUUAAUCUAAGAUUGUCAAAUGUUGAUCUCUCAAAAAGGACAUUCAUGUACAGUAUUUUUAAAUGUUUCAAUUAUCAAGUACAUUUACAAUAUUUAUGUUUAGGUAUUUAUAGGAAAUUCUAAGUUAAGGUUUUUGUAACUUGGUCUAAAUAGUUGCAGCACUGAAGUCCUAUAACUUGGUAAGUGUAUGUACAGAUCCACAAAUGUGUCUUUUAUUAAUUUGAUGAUGGACAUAUUUUUCUUUUCCAUUUUUCCUGGGAACCAAUGGAUUUUCCUGUAUGCACAACUCUAGAUGCUUUAGUUUCACAGGCUGCUGGCUGGGAUCAGACUCUGUAGACCAUUUCAGCAAAAUGUAUUUUCCAGUCCCUUCAAAGAAGCCAUACCAAAAAAAUCUUGAAAAAUAAAGAAUUUUGUAUAAUAAAAAAAAAGAAAG